GAUCCCUGAGAUAUGGAGGGACUUCUGGGAGCAGAGAGGAGAGGAGCUUCCAUCGCUUGUCAGAGCCGGGUUUGGGGUGGCCAGGAAGGCGGAAGAAAGGUUAGAUCGUAAAAUCAAGUUCCUGGCCAAGACCACUUUUGACCGGCACUUGUUAUUGGAGGGCGAUCUGGCGGGGAAGAAAAUGAAGGAAGCCAGCCAUGGAGUACGUCUGGAGGCUAUGGAGAUGGAAAUUCGGGAACUUAGGGCUUUGGUGGCCAGCCAGGCAGCUAUCAUUGAGAACCUGAAGCAGCAAACCCAGGGAAAGGUGGACAGACCAGAGAGCAGCCGGCAGGGAGAGCAGAGGCAUCCAGGACAGGGACUGCCAGGACAGCCAUCUGCGACAGAGCCUCGCCAGGAGCCACCUAUGGGGAGGGUUAUCCUGGAGACAGAGGAGGCGAGAGCACAGAGACAGGCGAAGAGAGAGGCAUUCGAGUUCAGAGCCCCUACUGAGCUCGCGACACUGCCAGUAGCAGUGGCGGGCCCAGUCGUACCUUUGGCAGUAGAGGAGGGGCUGCCAUCAUCUAGCAGUGAGCCGGCUCAGGGCUCAGUAGAGGAAUCCAUGGGAGUGCUCCUUGAGACGGUGCAUACUAUGCAGGAGGAGGUGAGUUUGUUUUCACCUGAGCAGAGGAUAGAGGAGCCUCUUGAGAGAGAGAUGAGGAUUGAGGAGGAGGGUGCCAUCGAGGGCAGACUCUAGAGGAUAGGCACACCUGAGUAUGGACCAAAGGAGAUUGAGAAGCAGCCCACGGCAGUGCCACGGCG